UGUAAGUUUUCAGGCUCUUGCAAACCCAUGGGCUGGUGCCCUUACUACAUGUAUUGUUGAAAUCCAUUUCUUCUGCAUUCCUUGGGUGUAGUGUAUUUGACGUCGGCUGCUUGUGGCAUCAUCACCAUGUCAGAUCAACUCAAAGUCAUCCUGUGGUGUUGUCCACGUUCACUCUCCACAGCUUUCCUCAAGUGCAUGAGUGCUGUUCCUGAUUCGCAAAUGAUUUUUGAGUUGUAUAGCACUGCAAUGCUCUUUGGUCCGGACAGACUGGCAAAAACGGACAUAGCAUCACUUGAACGGAAUAUUCCAGAGAACAUUCUUGAUGAACGUCGGAAAGACCCAGGGUGUGGUUAUCCAGUUUCUAUCUGCAGCAAUGCAUGGGUAAAGCAUCAUCUGGAGACAGGAUACCCGGACAAGAAGUUUGUCUUUGCUAAGGAGAUGGUAUCAUCACUAAUGGGCAAGUUUCAGUUUCUUCCAGAGAGUGGAUACCGCCACGCUUUCCUCCUUCGUAACCCAGCUAAACUUUUUCCAUCCUGGAAGAAGCUCAUUUUUGAAAUCUUUAGGAUGAACAACAUCCCUGUUACCAUGGAGCAAUUGGAGAUUGACAAGUUAUCAGCAGAGAUCAUGCCACCAGGGAAGGCUUUCAAGGAGAUGUACGAUUUGUACUCUUACAUCAAAGAGAAAGAUCUGGAUCCAGACCCUGUCAUCAUAGAUGCUGACGACCUUCUUAGUGACCCAGCUACCAUACUAUCUGGGUUUUGUCAGAAGUUGGGCAUUCCUUACACUGACUCACUGUUAACUUGGGAUGAGGCAGUGGAUGUUCUUGAGAAGUGGGUUGUGAGUGAACCAAUCAAACACAUUAUCCUGAAUGGAGAUGGGUUUAAGAAUUUCCGUAGCAGCACAGGAUUUGCAAAGCCAAGCAGCAAGGAUCAGGCCCCUGAGUCACCUGCUAAGUCACCUGACCCAUCACCUGAUAUUCAGCGUCUGAUUGACUUCACAAUGCCAUACUACACAAAGAUGUAUGAACAGCUGCUCAAGUAACUACAACGUAGUUAUACUUAUAAUAUACUUGUUUUAUAGAAAGAGAUUAGAUUUAAUCAUACUAUACCGUCAAGUUUCAUCAGUUGGAAAAUGCCUGGAAUUUUUAUCUUUACAUGUACUUUCAGUGUUAUUCAUGUUACUCAUGACAAAGGACGUUGGUGUCAGUGACACAAGAGAGAGAUAGGGAAGAGUGGAGGGUGGCAACCAAGUCCCGAGAUGGCCCUCGCAUCACAUGGCAUGACAUGACAUACAUGUACCGGUACAUGUAUGUAUACAGGUUUACGUGUCUUAUUGUACACUGUACUUCAUUAUCUUAUUUGAGUGUUAGUCCUUUUUAGAGUUAAUCCUUUUUUCUGUUAAACUUUUACCACUAAUCAUUCUUAACUGUUGUAAUGUACGUGUAUACAUUUAUUAAUGGGCUUAUCAUUCAAUUUUAAUUUGUUUCGAUCUUUUUUGAUGUCAUAGGCCUAUGCUUGUAUUAUUAUUGUAACAAUUUUGGUGUUUUUUUUAAAGGUUUUGGAAGGUUUUUAGUUAAUUCUUAUUGAUUGUUAAGCGUCUGUAGCAUCAAUUUGACGGAUUUUGCACUAUAGGCUAUAAUACUUAAUAGGAUUAGUAUUAAAUUAUACCAAUUAGGAUACACUUUAAAGCAUGGGAAGUUAAUACCUUUGGGGGACAUGUGGAAUUAGGGAGACAUUUCAAUGUCCCUAAUGCCUCAGCUCCUAUUUAGAGGCAAACUUUUCUCGUCGCAAAAAGGCUAGAUCGAUUGCUCACAGUCCAAUUGGUAAAAAUACUGAAAAUUCUUGAAAUUCAGGAAAUUUGGGUUAGGGGUCAGGAAAGUCGGAUUAUUAUCUAUGGGAAUGUCUCCCUAAUGGUACAGUACCGGUAUAUACCGGUAUUUUAGUUAUAUUACAUAAACAUGUAAACACGUAAUACAUGUAAUUAUUAUUAUUAUUAUUGUUACUUGUAUGAUGUGUCAUUGAAAUUGAGGUCGACUUUUGAAGUUUGAAUGAUUCCUAGAAUGGGGAUUUUACUUCAG